AUGUCCGAAAAAGACAUUGAUCCUAACAAAUACAGUGAAUUCCGAAGUGCAUAUAACUACUACAUCGAUUCAUAUAAUACGUUGUAUCGGUUAAAAACAGAAAAUGAAGAAGAAUUAAACAGGAUUUACAAAAUAAUUAAAACAGAGUUGAUUGAUUCAAAUAAACAUUCUCCACAAAGGAUUCUACAAAAUAUUUUGGAUAUCAUUCCGUAUAACAGCCGCUAUACAAAGUCAUACCUGAAACUUGCAGAACGUUUAUAUGAUGAAUAUCAUAUAACAGAGGUCAACGAUAUUAAAGACAUUUCUAACCACAAUUUUUAUAAAGAAUAUGAAAUUCAAUUAAACAAAUAUUCUGAUUUCGAUAAAUUUGUAUCAGAAAAUACAAUUUAUGGAGCAAUUAUGUUUAAUGACAUAGAAAAAUUCAUCCCAUUCACUGAAAGAGAAGGAUUUAAUAAAAAUCAAGAACUUAAAAGCAAAUUAUAUCCAGACUCUGACAAAGGUUAUUCAUUACUUGAAUUAUGUUGUUAUCAUGGAUCUGUUGAUUGUUUCAAGUUAUUAAGAACGAAAUUCAACUCAGAAAUUACUCAAACAUGUCUCAAUUUAUCAUUUUUAGGAGGAAAUCCAGAGAUCAUGAGUGAAUGUUUGAAAUAUCAGAAACCACGUGAUGAAUGCAUGAAGUAUGCAAUUAUUUCACACAACAUUGACUUUGUUACAUUCUUAAUGUAUGAAUACAAUAUAAAGAUCGAUGUAGAAUAUUGUGGAUUAUAUAAAAAUCUUGAAUCAUUUUUAGUUUAUUUCGAUAAAACUAAUGAUAUUAACAAAUGCUUUAUUUAUUCAGCAAUGUUCGAUGUUACAUCCCUUUGUGAAUACUUCCUUUCCCGCGGUGCAAAUAUGAAUUUCAAAAAUGAAGACAGGAAAACCGUUCUUCAUUAUGCGGCUCAAUUUUGUAGAAAAGAAAUAAUGGAACUUUUUAUUCCUCACGGUGCAUAUAUCAAUGAAAAAGAUAAAUAUGGAAAAACAGCAUUGUAUUACGCAUUAAGAAGUAGUAAUAAAGAAAUAGUCGCAUUUCUUCUUUCAUACGGCGCAACUAUAUUUCCAAAAAGGCGUAAUGGGAAAAAAGCUCUUCAUCUUGCAGUCAAAUAUAGCAGUAAAGAAAUUGUCGAGCUUUUUCUUCAUUUUGGUGCAAAUAUCAGUGAAGAAGAUUUAUUUAAAAAACCGCUCUCCAUUAUGCAGCAAUAUAUAAUAGAAAAGAAACAGCCGAACUUCUUAUUUCACAUGGUGCAAAUAUCAAUGAAAAAUCUUACUUAG